AACAUAUAAACUAUUUUAACGCGAAAUCAGUUUCACAUCAGAAUUUCAGCCGAGGACGUUCCCAACAUUACAUGGCAGAAAGAAACACAUAAAUGAAAAAGCAACUGACAUGAGAGGUGUAGCAUUUUUAUAUACUCUCCUCGCUUGCUCGGUGGCGAUAUUUGGGGAUGUGAACGUGUGCUCCGAUAAAGAAAACGAGGCUCUACUUCGGCAUGAGGAUUGCAACAAGUUCUACAAGUGCACGGGCGGCCAAGCGGUGGAGUACAGAUGCAACGGUGAUCUCUUGUUCAAUUCGGAAACACUGCAGUGUGAAUCACCUCAAAAUGUUAAUUGUGAUGGAAGAAGUAUACCAACAGACGAUUCAAGGGCACCGAAACUGAGAGCGGCUAGAUCAGUACAACAGAAAACAAGAAAACCGGGAUUUUUGCCGAACGGAUGCCCAGAGACUCACAUACAUUGGCUGCUUCCACAUGAAACAAACUGUUCUUUGUUCUAUUACUGCGUUUGGGGAAACUUGGUGCUUAGGGAAUGUUCUGCCGGUACUCAUUUCAACAGAUUUAUACAGGUAUGUGACUGGCCACAAAACGCCAACUGUUCAACUUCGACUCCAUCUACUAUAGCACCAACAACUUCCCAAUCAACAACUCUAGAACCAACUACUCCGCAACCAACAACACCAGAACCAACUACACUAGAACCCACAACUGCAGAACAAACUACGCCAGAACCAACCACCUCAGAAGCAAGUUCGGCUGGACCAACUACAUCAGAGCCAAUAACUCCCGAAAUUACUACCCUGGCACCUUCAACCCCAGAACCACCUACCACAGAACCAACAACUUCCGCAACAACUAAACCGGAAUUUCUACCAAAUGGAUGUCCAGUUAACCCUCACAUUCACUGGCUACUUCCACAUGAAACAGAUUGCACUUUGUUCUAUUACUGUGUUUGGGGAGAACUGGUCCUUAGACAAUGUGCGCCAGGCACUCAUUUUAACAGCAUUUUACAGGUGUGUGACUGGCCACAAAACGCCAACUGUUUAACUUCGACUCCAUCUACUAUAGCACCAACUACUUCCCAAUCAACAACUCUAGAACCAACUACUCCGCAACCAACAACACCAGAACUAACUACACUAGAACCCACAACUGCAGAACAAACUACGCCAGAACCAACCACCUCAGAAGCAAGUUCGGCUGGACCAACUACAUCAGAGCCAAUAACUCCCGAAAUUACUACCCUGGCACCUACAACCCCAGAACCACCUAUCACAGAACCAACAACUUCCGCAACAACUAAACCGGAAUUUCUACCAAAUGGAUGUCCAGUUAACCCUCACAUUCACUGGCUACUUCCACAUGAAACAGAUUGCACUUUGUUCUAUUACUGUGUUUGGGGAGAACUGGUCCUCAGACAAUGUGCGCCAGGCACUCAUUUUAACAGCAUUUUACAGGUGUGUGACUGGCCACAAAACGCCAACUGUUUAACUUCGACUCCAUCUACUAUAGCACCAACUACUUCCCAAUCAACAACUCUAGAACCAACUACUCCGCAACCAACAACACCAGAACCAACUACACUAGAACCCACAACUGCAGAACAAACUACGCCAGAACCAACUACCUCAGAAGCAAGUUCGGCUGGACCAACUACAUCAGAGCCAAUAACUCCCGAAAUUACUACCCUGGCACCUACAACCCCAGAACCACCUACCACAGAACCAACAACUUCCGCAACAACUAAACCGGAAUUUCUACCAAAUGGAUGUCCAGUUAACCCUCACAUUCACUGGCUACUUCCACAUGAAACAGAUUGCACUUUGUUCUAUUACUGUGUUUGGGGAGAACUGGUCCUCAGACAAUGUGCGCCAGGCACUCAUUUUAACAGCAUUUUACAGGUGUGUGACUGGCCACAAAACGCCAACUGUUUAACUUCGACUCCAUCUACUAUAGCACCAACUACUUCCCAAUCAACAACUCUAGAACCAACUACUCCGCAACCAACAACACCAGAACCAACUACACUAGAACCCACAACUGCAGAACAAACUACGCCAGAACCAACCACCUCAGAAGCAAGUUCGGCUGGACCAACUACAUCAGAGCCAAUAACUCCCGAAAUUACUACCCUGGCACCUACAACCCCAGAACCACCUACCACAGAACCAACAACUUCCGCAACAACUAAACCGGAAUUUCUACCAAAUGGAUGUCCAGUUAACCCUCACAUUCACUGGCUACUUCCACAUGAAACAGAUUGCACUUUGUUCUAUUACUGUGUUUGGGGAGAACUGGUCCUCAGACAAUGUGCGCCAGGCACUCAUUUUAACAGCAUUUUACAGGUGUGUGACUGGCCACAAAACGCCAACUGUUCAACUUCGACUCCAUCUACUAUAGCACCAACUACUUCCCAAUCAACAACUCUAGAACCAACUACUCCGCAACCAACAACACCAGAACCAACUACACUAGAACCCACAACUGCAGAACAAACUACGCCAGAACCAACCACCUCAGAAGCAAGUUCGGCUGGACCAACUACAUCAGAGCCAAUAACUCCCGAAAUUACUACCCUGGCACCUUCAACCCCAGAACCACCUACCACAGAACCAACAACUUCCGCAACAACUAAACCGGAAUUUCUACCAAAUGGAUGUCCAGUUAACCCUCACAUUCAUUGGCUACUUCCACAUGAAACAGAUUGCACUUUGUUCUAUUACUGUGUUUGGGGAGAACUGGUCCUCAGACAAUGUGCGCCAGGCACUCAUUUUAACAGCAUUUUACAGGUGUGUGACUGGCCACAAAACGCCAACUGUUCAACUUCGACACCAACCACUCCGCAACCAACGACUUUGCAACCAACUACGCUAGAACCAACUACUCCGCAACCAACAACACUAGAACCCACAACUGCAGAACAAACUACGCUAGAACCAACCACCUCAGAAGCAAGUUCGGCUGGAUCAACUACAUCAGAGCCAAUAACUCCCGAAAUUACUACCCUGGCACCUACAACCCCAGAACCACCUACCACAGAACCAACAACUUCCGCAACAACUAAACCGGAAUUUCUACCGAAUGGAUGUCCAGUUAACCCUCACAUUCAUUGGCUACUUCCACAUGAAACAGAUUGCACUUUGUUCUAUUACUGUGUUUGGGGAGAACUGGUCCUCAGACAAUGUGCGCCAGGCACUCAUUUCAACACAGUUUUACAGAUUUGUGAUUGGCCACAGAACGCCAACUGUACAACUUCUAGUCCAUCCACUCCAAAACCAACUACUUCGCAACCAAUAACUCCAGGACCAACUACGCAAGGAUCAACUACAGCUAGUGAAGCAGAUUCUACUGGACCAACUACAUCGGAGUCAAUCAGUCCCGAAAUUACUGCCCCUCCAUCUACAACCCCAGAACAAACUACGCCAGGGCUAACUACAUCAGUACCAAUAACUACAGAAAUUAUUACUCAAGAACCUACGACGACAGAAUUGUUGCCGAACGGAUGUCCCGCCAAUCCGCACAUACAUUGUUUACUUCCGCAUGAAACUGAUUGCACGCUAUUCUAUCAAUGCGUAUGGGGUCAUCUGGUCCUCAUGCAUUGCGGACCAGGCACAUACUUUAACAGAACAUUGCAGGUGUGUGACUGGCCGCACAACGCCGGCUGCACUGCCGCCCUUAACAAUCACCUGGACGAACGAAUCGCGCUGCUCUCUCUAUAAAUCUAUACCUUUCAUAAUGAUCUAUUUAUUCACUAAUAAAAAGGUUUUCAGAAUUUAA